AUGGCGCUGCGGGCGCUGCUCGCGCCGCUGGCCCUGGCCUCCGUGGCCUCCUCCCUGACGCUGCAGGCGGGGGAGCAGGCCGUGGACGAGUACACCUCCGUCGGCGGCCUCCUCUCCGAGGCAGAGGCACUCUUGCAGGAGGAGAUGGUAAGCGACCACGAGGCGGCCGAGGAGGAGAUUCUUCAAUAG